UCAAGUUACCUUGACCAUGAAACGAUGCAACGCCUUUCAGUGAUCGGUGCGUCCGACAGGAUUGUUCAUCCAGGUGUACGAUAUCAUUUAUUCGACACUGAUUAAUGGAACGAUUAAGUGUAACUGUGAAUGAAUUUAAAAACUGUGCUACGUGAUGAGUCUUUGCCCAGUCUUUCCUCCAUUAGACGAUUACACUUGUUGAACCGUGAACAGCUCACAAGAAAAGAGCAUCGAAAUUUUUCCAUCUUCGCCACUAAAAAAAAAGAAAGAAAUAAAAAAGAGGCAUGUGCAGUUAAAAAGAGAAAAAAAAACUAAAAGUACAAUACAUAGAGAAUACGGUGUACAUAAAGAAGAGAGGAAGAGAAAAAAAAAAAAUCAUAAGCUGAAGAAAACCAAAAAACUUGGAGGGUGAGAUUUCGUCCGUUUCGAAUCGAUCGGAAAAAGAACUCGACGCGUGUGUCGGCGGUGUUUCCAGUCAUGUCGGUAUCCAGCGGCUAGCCCCGGCCUCAGGAUUCCGCGAAGCGCGAGCUUCAAGUACCUCGAGGGCGCGGGCCUCGUCGAGAUGAGCGGUGGCAGCGGCGGGAACAGCGCCGGCAACCAGGGGAACGGCAAUGCCACCAGCUAUCACCAGCAUCAGCAGCAGCAACAGCAACAACAGCAGCAACAGCAGCAGCAGCAGCAGCAGCAACAGACACAGCUGGAGCAAGCUAGCUUGCUGACAGAUCUGAACGGUAUAGACCUGGCGAUGAGCCUAUCGCCUAAACAGCACUCGUCCCACGUACAAGCCGCUGGUGGCGCUCACACCACACCGUUUAGCGUCACUGACAUUCUCUCACCCAUCGAUAACGAAUCGUUCAGGAAGCUGGAGCAGGUGAUCGGCGUCGGCGUGGUCACGCAUUCUCAGGUCUCGCCUUACGGAAACGCGUGCGGCGCCCGUGUCGGCGGUAAUACCGGUAGCUCGAGCGCGAGCAGCGGCAGUCCACCGCUCCACGGAGGCUCGACGCCCGGUGGCGGAACACCAGGACCGGUUUCCGGUCCGAACGACGCCGCCGGAGGAGGCAGCGCCGCUGCCGGCGCCGGGUCAGGCAUGACCGCCAUGGGCAAUCCUUACGCGACCAUGCAACUCACCUCCCAGUAUCAGUACUGCGCCGCCGAAUUGUCGUAUCAUCACGCGGGGCCAGCGGUUGCCGGAGGCGCGACCGCCACCGAUCCCAUGAGGUCCCAUCAUCCGUGGUACGCGCCCGCUCCGCCGGCCACUAACGAUCCCCGCUUCGCCAUCUCGCGGCUAAUGGGAGCCGCGGCGGCUGGUGCCGGGACCAACAUGGCCGGCUGCUCGGUGGGCCAGUCAAUGGGCGACGUGACUAAGUCGUCGGGCAUGGGAGUGGGCGUCGGCGUCGGCGUCGGUGUUGGCAUGGGCGUCGGCGCGAUGCAAUUUCCCCACCUUCCGCAGAGGCGAAAGCGUCGCGUUCUGUUCACUCAGCAGCAGGUUCACGAGCUCGAGAGGCGGUUCAAGCAGCAGAAAUACCUGAGCGCGCCUGAACGGGAACACCUAGCCGCUCUGAUUCACCUUACGCCCACUCAGGUAAAAAUAUGGUUUCAAAAUCACCGAUACAAGUGCAAGAGGCAAGCGAAGGAGAAGGCGAUGGCCGAACAGAAUGCUCAAAAUCAGAGCGCCAGUUCGCCGCGACGGGUGGCCGUGCCGGUGCUGGUGAAAGACGGGAAACCGUGCGGAAGCGGCGGCGGAAACGAGGGCAGUCGUGGCGGGCCGAGCGCGGCCUUGGCGAGUCCAGCCCCUCACAUGACCGCGGCGUCGAGCCCUCACGGCUCCCAUCACGCGGCCUCUUCGGUACCUCAUCAUUCGGUGGUCGGUGUGAACCACGUGAUAACGUCCAGCCAGAGUCUUCAGCAUUGCUCGUACUCGAGGACUGGUGCCCAACAGAGCAUGCAACAGCAACAACAACCGCAAUGCGGCGCGUACCUACCUUUCCAAGGUCGGGCCUGGUAGUACAUGCCAUCCGCGGCGGGGGCCAACCCCUCCGUCGCAGGUCCAGCUGCUUGGUACCCUUUGGAAGACAGCCCCUAGAAAAAGUCCUGUGUCGCGUAUUCCGUUUUCUGUGAAUCGUUCCCAGAACAGCUUACCUGGAUGGCUGGAUCGUUGGAAUUGAACGACGAGACUGAUCUAGAGGAUCUACUACUGUCCUUCCUCAGUGACGAAUAUUCAUCGCAGAUACUGGACAGAGACUUGGUGAAAUCGUCUGCGCCGGCCAGAGGGUGCGGAUAUGUUUAAUUAUUGUCCGACAGAGAUGAAGUGAUUCGAAGAGAGACAUUGAAGGGAAGAGUAUUCUGCGUGGACCGCAGGACGGUUACUUGGAGACAGUGUUCACAGCGUGAAAAUCUUUCUCUUGUACAGCUUCAAGGUGCGAAUCACUUUGACUAUUAUUAAAUAUUUGGAUCGAUGAAAGUCGUGAUGGAUAUACGAAAAAGUUUGGAAAUAUGAAUAAUUUUCUGCGAUACAAAGUACUUACAUCAAUUUUUGUCAUUAACUUUGACAAAUUAUUAUUGUAGAAAUUCAAUUCUGUUUCCUUGUCAAUCCGAAGAUCUGUUUUACGAGAACAGUAAAAUCUUUCUAAAUUGCAAACAUUUAAAUUUCGAGGAAUAUUUAAUGUGAUUCUAUCUUGGAAGAGAAAUAAAAUUUGACACAUGAACAAAAACGCGUACAUUAGAAGAACGUUAUUAUAUACGUACAAUUAAUACUUGUUUAUAACGAUAACGAAUUCCGCUGAAAAAAUAUCGGAUUACGUAACUAUUUAUCCAAUCAUCUAUUUUUCAUCAGCGGUUAAUCUUAUUGCAAAAAACAAAGACUCAAAGUAAUCAGAAUUUCAAUUUGAUGUUAACGAUGUUAACAAGUACUUUCUAAUUUAAUUUAAAAUGUUGCUUCGAAGAAAGCUCGUUAAUUCGUAUAAAAGAAAUUCAUAUUACGAUUCAUAUUAAUUCGUAUAAAAGAAUAAUUUCAACCAAGUACAGUUCGAAUAUUAAUUAAAUUUCAAUUUAACAAGACUAACAUUAUUGUAUCACGAUUAUUUUCCAAAUUAAGAAUAACGAUUCGGUCUUCAAUUGAGGUUAGAAAACGAUAUAUAUGACUAAUUUUAUACAAUAAUAACAAAUUUACAUCCAACGAAACCAGGCAUCGAUGCAACGAAAUGUUGAAACGGAUUGCAGGAAUAAUCUGGCUAGUGCACUCGAAACGUGUCGAACUGAGAGAAACCGUACACCGAUCGCGGGCAUUGCGUGUGUCAUCGGAGACGUACUUUCGCGACAUUGUUGUACUGCAACAACGUGUAACAUCAAAAAGGACUCGGAUUUCCACUGAAAUAGAAAUUCUACGUGCGGAGCGGUCACGAAUGGUAGAAGACAAACUUUGAAAUUUUCAAAUUAUUCUAGUUAUUUUAUUCCAAUGGACCAAAGAGAAAAUAAUAAUAAAAAAAAUUUGAUUUAACGACUUUUGUAAAAAAUAGGAUCCAUAAAAGGAAAUAUUUUAAAUAAAAAUUUAAAAAGAGGAAAAAGAGAUAUUUAGAGAAUUUAGAUAGUUUUAUCUUAGCCACGGAUUCGUUACUUCGACGCACGAUAUAAUCUGAGCAAAAAAAAAACUAACAAAUCAUAGUUAAUUGUCAGAUAAAACGGGCCUGUAUCAAAACGAUGCUCCUAGAAUUGUUGAUAUAUCGAGCCAUUUUUUGGUUAAGUCAAGCAUCAACAAUGAUUGUAAUACUAAUUUCAGAAUACAUUGGUUAUCAAUAAUUCUAGAAAACGAGUAAAAAAAUAAUCCAUUACAACAGGAAUACAAGAUGAAACCAACAAGGAACGAAAUUCAAAUUCUAUAUAUUCUUUACUUUAGCAAUUAUUGUUCUAUUUUGAAAUUCAUUUAUAAAUUUAUCCGUGCCCUUUAAUUUUUCAAUCAGAUGUUUCUUAAAAAUUUAAUUUUACCGUAUUUAAUAAGCGAAUACGACGAAAAAAAACUGUCUGAAAGUUUGUUCCUUUCAGGUUCCGUUCAUAUCUUGAAGAACAUUUUAAAAAAACGUCACUUCAACAGAUAUCCUAAUUACAGAACAAGAAACAAUCCGUACUUAAAAAAAAAAAAAAAAAGAAAAAAAGAAAAAAAAAACGACGCUUAUGAAUCUAACUACAAGCCACGACAACUCGUUACUCUUACAAUCCUCACGCGUAAAUACAUCAACCCGCAAUUUUUUUCUCAAAUGUAAACCACCAUUUCCACCAGAUUCUAUGAUGAAGCGGUUGAAAGAAGCAGAAUCUGUUGAAAAGAAUCAGCGGGGGGGGGGGGAGGGGAGGAAAGAUGGACCGAUCGGGCUGCCAUUCGAAGAUAAACCUGAAUUAUGUAGUGAAAUAGCAUUCUCUUUAACUUUCACGAUUCCGAGCGGCAGAUUCGAAAGGAUGAAAGAGAAUAACUCAUGGCUUAACACACAUUAGAUUUCGAAACAGUCGAAACGGAUUAAUCGACCGGCAAACGCGUGGUUUGUUCAAUUGAACGACUCGGAUCCAACGUUUCCUUUCUUUCCCGUUGGAAACGGUGAAACCGUGUCGCGAUCAUAUUUCAGGCGGACACGUCGAGCCGGGGACACGCGUGUACAUAGUUAGAGAUGUAUAUUACGGAAUAUUUCUCGCAUCCGUCGCGAAAUUGUGACGCGCGCGGUUCGCUCGCGUAGAAGAGAAUCGAUUUUCCACGGUCGACAACCACGACUACGAAGAGGACGAAGAUGAAAAACAAAACGUGCCGGAUAUGAAAAGGAGAGAGAGAGAGAGAGAGAGAG